AUGGCCCCGCCUACUUCCGACCCGACUGACAUUCUUUGCUGGAUGAGGGAUGUGUCCGAAAAUUUGGAGGACACAAGCUCAAUUGAAGGAGAGUUGCCAACUUCCCCUGAGAUUACCCAAACUCAACAGACCUCUUCUGGAACCGCCUACAUCGCUGACCGGUCUGCUUCUGGAAGUGGAUCACUGACAAGCGAAUCUGGAGAGACGCCAGCUCUGACGACAAACUCGAUACGUACCAAGCGCUCUCCACGAUCUGAAGAUGGAACUGACAAUGAAAGUGUUAAGAGGCGUAGGUGCAGCUAUGUUCAGUCGCCAACGUUUAUACAAAGCCCGUGGGAAUCUGCGACCGGUUGCCAUAUGUACUACCGAAACAGCUGUCGCCCAAAGAAGCUGGAAACUGUCACAUCGUCUUACUGGCCAGACAUUCGCGACGCCUAUGCCAGAUCACUUCAUGACCCGAGCAUCAAAUGUUGCAUCCCCUGUUCCAUCUGUCAUGAGGAUUGCGCAGACGAAAGUACAUCUUGGAAAGUUGGAUGGGAACUACCCGUCAUCCUUGCUUGUGGCCACAUGAUUGGGGAAGAAUGCCUCAAAUCGUGGUUCAGAUCGCGGGCAAAAAGCAAUGGGCCAAAAGACUGCCCAGUGUGCAGAAGGUUGCUCCAAUGUUCCGAAUGCAAGGGAGCCUUCAUGUUCUCCAUCCUUUGUCGCGAUUCUUACGUCCCGAAUCUGAAGACCAAAACCUACGGCGAGCAGCCUAUGGAGCAGACCAUUUGCAACGAUUGUCAGGCCGAGACUGAUUUCGGAAGUCGAGUCCUCCAAGGUGAGCACAUUGCCGAGCCAUUUCCCCGCGGCGGCGCCCCUCAACACAUGAUAGAUUGGUUCCGUCAAGUGAGAGAUGAGUUUGAAACCAAAGCAAAGUUGAGCGUGGGCCACGGAAUGAGACCGAUCGACGUCCCCGGCAUGAUUCACAAAGAGAUUUUUGCCGAGAUGGAAUCAUGGCUGUAUUUCCUAAAGGAGGAUGUGGCUCACAGAGUACAGGCAAGUAUCGCUAAGAUUGAGACAGAGCUGGAUGAAGCUCACUGGUGGAAUCGCGCUGGAGUAAACGAGGAAGAAGAAUUCGACAUCACCCCAGGCUAUGGUAACCGCUCAGAUGGUGAUGAGGAUCACGGCGAGGACGGCGUGAGAUACGAGGGCUUUGAUGGCCGCUGGCAUGGCAAUGAGAGUCAGACUGAGAAUAUGGGUUACGACGCCGCUAAUUACACUUGGUAA